AUGGCUCCGGAUGUGUCUGAUGUGGCAACUGCACUGGCAAACGAUGUCCCGUUUGAGGAACCAUCAUUCAUGCGAGUAUUGGAUUUGGAAGCCAUGCAUGUUCCGGAGUUUCCGGAUUAUAACAAUGCAGAAAUUUCUUUUCUUGCAGAUGGUGAAUUUGCCGUUGGGAUAGAAUUCAAUUCCAUGGAAGCUGUUAUUAAAGCGAUAAAAGACAUGAUCAGCCGGAAGUACUGUUGGGUUAUAAGGAGGUAUAAUGGCAGUCACACAUGUACCAGAGCCACAAUUUCUCAGGAUCAUUCAAAGCUGGAUUCGACCACGAUUGCAGAAAUAAUUAAGCCGUUGGUUGAGGCUGACCCCGCCUUAAAGGUAAAAUCAGUUAUAACAGAGGCGCAAUCGAAGUUCAACUACACUGUUAGUUAUCGGAAAGCUUGGUUGGCUAAGCAAAAGGCGGUUGAAAAAAUAUUCGGAGGUUGGGAGGCAUCGUACGAAGCGUUGCCUAUAUGGUUUGAAGCCAUGUGUCACAAGGAGCCGUCAGCUGUUUUUCAUUUUGAGACUAUGCCUGCAUACCAAGGUGACGACUUGGUGACUGAUAUUCGGGUAUUGCAUCGUGUCUUUUGGAGUUACUACCCCUGCAUUAGAGCUUUCAGACAUUGUAAGCCAGUUGUCCAGGUGGAUGGGACUCACUUAUACGGAAAGUACAAGGGUUGUCUACUAGUGGCGGUGUCACAGGAUGGUAACAACAACAUCGUCCCAAUUGCGUUUGCAAUUGUGGAGGGAGAGACUUCAGAUGCGUGGCACUUUUUUCUGAGUAACCUUCGUCAGCAUGUUGUCACUCGGGAUGGUGUGGGACUGAUAUCCGACCGUCACGAAUCCAUAAAUGCGGUUGUGGAAAGGAGUAACAGUGCUUGGUCACCUCCGAGAGCCUUUCAUAUGUUUUGCAUCAGGCAUAUAGAGUCGAAUUUUCUGAGAAAAUUCAAGGCGCCGUACUUACAGAAACUGGUCGUCAACAUAGGAUAUUCGAGGACGGUGCGGGAGUACGAGGUGCGUUACCAACGUUUACGAGAACGGGGAGAGGCAUACACUGACUGGUUAAACCGAAUCCCCGGAAACAGUACGCGUUGGCAUUUGAUGGUGGAUAUCGAUGGGGUCAUAUGA